AAAUAAAACAUUCGAAUGCUUGAAUCGAAACAUAUCUCAUCAAAUUUAACAAAGUUAAAGACAACUUUCUUUCUUUAUUUCUACGCAAUUCAAAUGGUGCCUCAUCAAAAAUUUCCGUACAUUUUUUCAAAAAAUUUCAAAUUUUUUCAUACUUUUAAUUUGUAAUCUUAUUUUUUGAUGAUGGCUAUGCUACCGUCAUCAUCGAAUCGCCUUUCUAUUGAUGACAAUCAAAAUUCAUCUGUAAUGAUGUCAAAAACAAACAACACUAAUCAUCAUAAAGAAAUAUUAGUUACCAUUAUCAUUGCCCUUUUGAUCAUAUCAAUUGCAACGACAAUCACAUUGUUGGCUAUUAUUUAUCGUUUACGUUUGAUACCAGGAUUCGAAUAUUUCACCAUCAUUGAUGAUAAUGUGAUUCUUCAUAAAGAUACUUAUAUUGAUCGAAUUUUAUUGUCCAAUAAUCGUAUAUCCGGUUUAUCAUCGAUAACUGGAAAUAUUUGUCUUGAAAGUGGACAAUCAUCAUUACGAAUUAACAAUGAUGGUAUUCGAUUACGAUCAAAAAAAGGUUUAGAAAUACGAUCAUCAUCAAAUGGUCAAUUAUUAUUUCCAUUUGAUUUAAGUUCAUUACCAUUAAAUUCGAUCAAAACAUUAUCAGUGCCUAACGGUAUUCGUGAUGUUAAAAUGAUACGUUCACCAUUGAAUGAAGAUUUAAAUAUUAUUUCGAAAGGAAAAAUUCGUAUCCGUGGAAAUGAAGGUGUCAAUGUUGAAGGCAAACAAAUUAAAUUGGAUGCAAAAAAUAUAUUUUUAUCAUCAUUGAAUGCAAGCAUUAUAAUGGAUGGACAUAAAGGAAUCUAUUUAGAUAUGAAUUCAUUCAAAUCACGAAUCGUACAUCGUCGACAAGAAUCAUCAUCAACCAGUGAAAAUGAAAAAAUGGAUUUACAAUACAAAUUAUGUAUAUGUGGACGAAAUGGACAGCUAUUUCGAAUGGCAAUCAAAGAUUCAAGCAGCAGCUGUGCUGAUGCCAGAUUUCCUCAAUCCGAUAACCCAUGUCUUUAACAAAAAACUGUUAACUGAAUCGGUAAACGAGAAUCAAAAAAAAA